CCACGUUAUCGUUCAUCUUAUCGUCGAUAUUCAGAGUUCUCAAAAUUCUAUCGACGAUAUACAGGAUGAGUCAGGACAUGUGGAAAGUGCAGCAGCAGUUGAUUCGGCACAUUGAAAUAAAAAGAGAAGUCCGUAUAAAUACGUGACAUAUACCUCACUUGUACUUACAAUUGAUAGUAUCAGACAAAGCACGUAAGAAUGAAAAUUUAGAUUUAGCACGUGUAUUCAUUGCACGGUAAUAAGAAGCAUAACCAAAGUUCAUUUUCCUUCUCAAUAAUAUAUGCAAUUAAUGAGAAUAUUUUUACCUGUUUCAGGUAAGCAAACCAAUUCUACUGCCAUUGGAAGAUGUAUCGAAUUUUCAUCGCUCAGUCAAAGCGUAUUUACUGCAAAUCAUCCACCUCAAAGACCAUGGAUUCCAUUGACGAGACCGAAUAGGACGAGACCAACAUGUAUAUUCACAGUGAUGUGUUACAAUGUAUUAUGCGACAAGUAUGCGACUCGGCAAAUGUACGGUUAUUGUCCGAGUUGGGCGCUCGAUUGGGAAUAUCGGAAAAAAGGGAUCCUGGAUGAGAUACGACAUUAUGCCGCGGACAUAAUUAGCCUGCAGGAGGUCGAAACGGACCAAUUCUACAAUUUCUUCCUGCCAGAACUUAAACACGAUGGCUACGAUGGCAUAUUUUCUCCAAAAUCUCGAGCGAAGACGAUGGCGGAGAAUGAUCGUAAAUACGUAGAUGGAUGUGCUAUAUUUUACAGAACAGCGAAAUUUACGUUAAUAAAAGAGCAUUUAGUCGAAUUUAACCAAUUGGCAAUGGCAAAUGCAGAAGGUUCUGACAACAUGCUAAAUCGUGUAAUGCCAAAGGAUAAUAUUGGAUUGGCUGCCCUGCUUAGGACCAAGGAGGCUGCUUGGGAUAAUGGAAUUCCAUCUGAUCCAGCACAAGUUCAACAACCGAUUUUAGUUUGCACAGCCCACAUUCAUUGGGAUCCAGAAUUUUGCGAUGUUAAAUUAAUACAGACAAUGAUGCUCAGUAAUGAAUUACGUUCCAUUUUGGACCAAGCUGGCCAGUCUUUCAGACCUGGUCACAAGCCUGAUUCUUCCAAUGUUCAACUGUUACUUUGUGGCGACUUCAAUUCUCUGCCUGACUCCGGUGUAAUUGAAUUUCUUACUUCGGGGCGAGUAGCGGCUGAUCACCGUGACUUUAAAGACUUAGCUUAUAAAUCAUGCUUACAGAAGAUCUCUGGUUGCGAUAAACCUAAUGAAUUCACUCAUUCUUUUAAACUUGCAUCUGCAUAUAGUGAAGAUAUCAUGCCCUAUACUAAUUAUACAUUCGAAUUCAAAGGUAUAAUAGAUUACAUUUUCUACUCGAAACAAAGUAUGGUACCAUUAGGACUUUUAGGUCCUCUAAAUGCAGAUUGGUUUAAAGAACAUAAAGUAGUUGGUUGUCCACAUCCACACGUUCCAUCGGAUCAUUUUCCUUUAUUAGUAGAGCUUGAAAUGACACCAACAGUAGGAACAAGCAAUGGAUUGAUCUCACGCAGGUAGCAACCGCUGCGAUCUAGGCCCAAAUAAAUAUAAGGGAAUAACAAAAGAUAAUAAGAAAGAAAUCCCCAUCACAUUUUCUCUUACUUCUGGCUCUAGCAAUAUCACUCGCAGUCGACAGUUACUUCAAUAGUGAAUGUUACAAAUACUCCAUAUUACCGCACAUUCGACACAAGUUAUUAGAUACUGAUGAAUAAUUCUAAUGACCAGGUGAAGGGAGGUGUGUUGUAAUGCGUUUAGCCCAUGUAUAGUGUAUUGCAUUUUUAAGAAAUAACUUUCCCAUAUUAAGAGUAUUUUAACCUUUACUACCAUCGUAAUAUGUAGAUACCUAUUUUCCUACAAAAAGAUAUUCCGAUCAAGCCUCUGUGAUAUUCACAUUAACAAUUGGAACAACUCACAUAUUUAUUAACAAAUUAGUAUCUACUAGAAAAUCCCUAAUCUCUUCCUAAAUGUCAUUACAACAUUCUCCAAGCCAACUUUUUGAUAAGAAUGCUGCCAUCCAAUGAGAAAUUGUAUUUUUAAAGAAAACAAAAACAAAAAAUAUGAAAACAUACACACUAUACUGGGCUGUGCGAAGUGAUUGGAGUUAACUUAACGAUUUCAAUGCAAGUACAAAUCUGUUCUUAUUGGCCACGUAUAUUGAGAAUGAUAAUGUUAUAUAAGUAAAUAGAUAAUAUUGUAGCGAGUGUAUUUGUAAGUAUAAUAAUGUAAUGAUGUUCAUCAUUCACAGUAUCCUGAAAAUCAGUUGACAUUCAUUCAUUAGACGUUCAGUUCCAGUUAUUAUAGAUAACGAAUACUAAUUUACUACUUGUUAAUUCAGUUGCAUAUAAUCUAAAUUGUAUAGCAAAACUUAUUUUUUUUAAUCUUACUUUGUAUUAUAUAUUUCUUCUUUAAAUUUUCAGGGUUUGUAAGUAUUGUUAUAUUAAAUACAAUGAUUUUUUGAGUCAGUAAUAGCGAUCUUACUAAGCGUUUAUAAUUUUUAUCUAACAUAAUUCAAUGCAAAAAUGAAGAUUGGAACAAAUUUCUAUCCAUUUAUUUCUCAUACAACAUCUGUUUCUGUAAGAAAAAUGUAUACAAUUUCAUUUAUCAUCAACGUAAUAUUUUAUUGUAUCAUAAUACAUUUUAUUAUUCUGCACAAAAAAUGUUAUAGUAUCUUUGUAAAUGUUUUAUAAAUAUUUUAGUAGGCCUCAAAUAAUAAUAGAAGAUUACAAUUGAAACAUUUUCAUAUUUUAAUGUUACAUAGUAUCAUCAUAACAGAUAUAGAAAUUUAUUAUUUUUAAUUAAUUAUUGAUUAUUGAUAUAAAUAAAUAAAUAUAUAUAUAUAUAAUAUAUAUAUAAUAUAUAUAUAUAUACACAUAAUAGGUUCCAAAACGUUGAUAUUUUUCUGAUAAUGCUUUUAGUUUUUUCAUUAAAAAUAAGCUACUUUUAUUUUUUAUGUAAUUAAAUACAAAACGUGUAUACGAAGAGCAGUAAUUCAAAGUAAGAUCUUCAACUUCAGCAAUUGUAAAAGUUGCUUAGAUGAACCUAAAUACCUGUUAGCAUUUAUAAUGACUAGUGUUCCUACACAUUUUAUAAACAAAACGGCACUACCGAUAUACUGUAUAGUUGUCAUAAUGAAAACUAUCAAAUGGGCUUGUCUUCUAUUCACAUUUGACAAAAGCAACAACUGAAUUAUACAAGUAGUAAACGAUUAGUUUAACAAAGACAUAUGUGUAGUAAAUGUUGUAUAAAGUAGGUAAUUACAAUAUAGUUUUAAUUAAUGAGGAUAGAAGUGGCAAUCCCUAUUUGUAUAUGCAUUCACAAAUAAACACAUGGUAAUUGAACAUACAUACAAAAUAUGCUAGGAUAAUUAUUCAUAAUUUCAAGCCAAUUUCUCUUUAUCUUAUUUAAAAAAUUUUGCAUCCAAUUUUAAAACUUAUCAUGAUAUGAAUCAAGUAAAUGAUAUCUGAUGUUAAUACUUUUUCAAAUUCAAUUGACGCAAUUUUCUUGAUAAUAUCAAUACUAAAUGCUUUUGACUUCCGCAUAUCUUUUUUUCUAGUGUAUUAUUAGUAUUGUAAAUUACAUUAUUUGCUACAUAGUAUAAAAUUUCUUAUAACAAAAUAAAAUUUGACAGAAUAAUCUAUAUUCUUCAAGUAAUAUCAAAUAUUAAAUCAUAAUUAAAUGCUUUUAAUUUGACAAAUGUCUGUAUUCUUUAUGUGAAACAGAAUCGAUAUUAAAGUAGAUCAUAUAAUAUCUGUUAUUUUCAAAAAAUAAAUUUUUCUUACAAGCAUAAUAUUCAAAACAUUUUAUUUCAAAUAAUUAUUUUGUCAUUCUGACAUUCAACAAAUUCAGAUACAUAGGUAUUUUUUUAAAUUUCUGUUCAUAAUUUGCAAGACAUAUUUCAGUAAUAAAAUAUAUAUUUCUUAUAGCAAUUACAUUUUGUUGGAGAAAUAUUAAAACAAGGCAGAGCAACUAAUAAUUUAUCUAAAGCAUUAAUGAAACAAAUACAUACUGUCCUUUGUUUUAAUAAUGAUGAAAGCAUUAGAUAACAACAUGUGUUUUCAUGCAUUUUGGCUGACACAAAUGCCAUAUGCCAUAGUAUUCAAAAUAGCUUUGUUAAAUAGAAGCUCGGAAGGAUUAAUAAUCAAUAUCACAUUCUUGCUUAGAGUUUAUGUAUGUACUUUGAAGUACUAUGGUUCUCAGAAUGUAUAAAAAUAUGAAUUUAGGUAAUAAAGAAAAAAAGAACAAUUGAAUUGAAUACGAAUUAUUCAUUGACUGGCACAUAACAACUACAAAAUUGUAUCAUUAAUCAAAAAUUUAUGUAAUUCAAGUUAAUAUUUAACUUUGUUAUACUAUAUAAUAAAUCGAGAACCGCAGUUCUUCAAUAUAGUAACACUACUUUCGCUAAUGUGCUUUCAUAUAAACUAUAAUACAAAGAAGAUUGUAAAAAGCAUCGACAAUUUCAUAUAAUUUCUUGUUUUAAGAAUAUAUACAUAGUAUCCCUUGUUAUAAAAUAAAGAUAGCAGCACUCUUACAAAAAUCUUAAAUAUGUCUUAAACAGUUCGAUGAAUUCUUAUAAAAAUUUAGUGGUCCAUUUUCAUUUGUAUAAUUGAUAUUCAUAUAUGAGAUUUAUAAAUGUUACCCUAAUGCUAUUACACAAAAUUUAUAUAAUGACAUAUUUUAUACAUCGGAAGAUCAUCAACAUUUUGUAAACAAUUUGAAAACAUUGGAAAAAUACCAUAUCCGUGCUUGACAAAUUCUAAUCACUGAUAUGGCAUACAUAUUUGUGUGUAUAUAAAAGAAAUCAACUGUUUACAAUUUAAUUAGAUGUAUAACAGUAUUAACAAUUGAUAUAUGUGAUAAAAAAAAAGUAUAUAAGACGUUUAUAAUGAAGGCAGUUAACAAACAUUCUAGAAUUUACAUUAUUUUGUUUAACAACAUUCUUGUUUAGCAAUAUUUCAUUUUAAUACAUAUGAAACAAUACUUCUUCUACUAUAUUAAAACAAAAAGUCUAGUCAAUUAGCGCUGUAUUAAAAUUAGAUUAUUACACAUUUUUUAAUGAACUCUUCUUUAUAUAUCAAUAUUUGUAGAAUUGAUUAUAAAUAAAUGAAUUAUUUAAAAGAUGAGAUGAUUACAUACGUAUGACAAUAAAUGGAGUACUUAGAUAGAAUUAAAGAAUCAUUUAGAUAAACAUUUACUUUUAAUGAACAGAAAUCAUACAUUAAUGAAAUACAUUAGUUCAUUUCAAUCCGCUUUGUGUGUAAAGAUAUGAGUUUGUGAAAUUUUGUUUCAAUUAAUAUUAAAUUUUUUCAUGUUUAAUGAAUUAAUGCUGCAGGAAGGAUAUAUCAAUAUUGAACGAUGUAUUUUUAAGAUAAAAAAAAUAUAAUUAUAAAAUUUAUUCUGGUAUUAGUAAACAAGCAGUUAAUUACUUUAUAUACAUAUAUAUAUAUAUUUUAAUACAACUUUACACACACUUUACAUUCCAUAUUCAUAAAGAUAUAAAUGAUCAAGUAAUGAUUUUAUUGUGAAAUAUUAUAUUUUUGAAUAUAAUAUUUAAUACCUUAAUUAGUACUUAUAUUAGAACAAAAUUUCACUAGAAAUCAUAGAUUAUUUCUUUGUGAAACCCACUAAAUUUUAUAACAAAAACAAAAAUGUACUAAAUUGUUAUAAAUGUGUAGAAUUAACUGGAAUGACGCUGAAUAAUAAAAUGAUAUAAAAUAUUGACAAUAUGAGAAUUCAUCGAACUGAUAUAAUAUGAUUUCAAUUAUGAAUUUAAAAAUAUUUCUUGCAUAUAAUUUGCAUAUUUACAAUUUUAUCUUAUUAAAUUCAUAAAUGAGUUUAAAAAUAGUUAUGGAAUUUUUUAAAUAUGUUAAUUUUCAAUCUUCUGAGCUCCUCCAUAUAAUAUGUAGAAGAUUCAACAUUAGUUUUAAUUAACUAGUAAUAAUAAACAUUUUUAUGUGAUUAAAAAUAUAUUAGUUAUCAGUCUUGUAUGAUGUGAACACAAUGUUUUGUUUGAAAUGUUUGGUACAUCUUUAACAGUUUGAUCAAACGUAUGUAGUCAAUGCCUUUACCUUUCUGUACUCUGUAAUUUUGGGCAUACUACGUAAUAUAAGUAUAUAUACAUAAAUACAAAAUGACACUAUACGCGCAAUGUUAAUAGAAUAAUAUUGCUUUUAAAUUAAGUCCAACAAUAUAACAAAACAUAUAGAUUUGAAAUUACCACACUGUAAUAGUGUUUAAUAAUAAUAAUUUAUCAGAAUGUAGUAUAUAAUAUACUUAUUUAUUAAUAUAUACGUACAUAUAUGUAACAUAAUAUUUAAAAAUAUAUUUGCAUUUAGCAGUUAUAUGGUACAAUAUAACAAACGACACCAAAAGAACCAUUUUUAAUACAAGACACUUUAUAAUAAUUAUUUAUUCAUAAAAAUAUUACUUUUUUUAGUUUGUCGCACGUGAUACUAGAAUUCUUACUAAUAUCUUAAUAUUGAACAAAUAUUUUAUAAUUGUCUGGUUUGAAAAAAUAUGGCUUAUUAAAAUCAAUAUACUACAAUUAUAAUUUGCAGUAUAUAGCCAUUUUUAUAUAUUAUGUUUCUACAAACGAUCUUAUAUUAAGUAGAAAUAAUACAAUAAUAGAACUAAUGCAAAAUACGACAUAAUUUUUUUAACAUAAUCCCAAAGAUAAUUUGAUAUAAAUUAUUCUAUAAUUUCAUUUCGUAUUGCCUCGUGUAUGUGAUUUAUUUGCUUGAACAAAGUGCAAUGUUAAUUAUAUUCUAUAUAAUAUUGCGUGAUAGUGUCGAUUUUUGACUUCCAUAAAUAAGAAUAGAAUUAUAUUAGAGUACAAUAAGACAAGCACAGCACAUUUCAGUCUGUACUUUUAUAAGAACACGAUAACAAAUUAUAAACAUUGGAACAUAAUUCUUGCGUCCAUCAUAAGAAUAAUUACAUUUCAGUGUUAAUAUUGUAAAUUCAAUCAGAUUUCGUGUACGCUUUUGGAAAUUUUUUACCUGCUAUAUUGGAAAUGUUGGAAUCAAGACUUAUUUUAUUAGAGUCUUUGUUUUGUCUCUAAAGGUAAAAAAUAUUAAUUUAAGCAAAUAAUUUAAUCACUGAAAGAAUAAAAUUCUUUAAAAACAUAUGAUAUAAUUAUUAUAAUAUAUGGUUACACAAAAUUUUUUAAAUAUCAAUUUUUUAAUCAAUGAAUUUUUAAUGAUUAAAUAUCUUCUAAAAAUAUAUUUUUAAAGCGAUGUCAUUUUUACUUAAAAUAUGUCAUGUACGAUAUACUGCAUAAUCAUAAAUUUGUAAAUUCUAUUCACAAUUUUAUAUAAGAAUGUCUCAUCAUAAUAAUUCUUCAUAUAAACAUAUUAUAAAUUUAUUGCCAACUAUAAUUGUAAUUUUAAUUUUUUCACUUAAUUAGUUAAUGAUGAUUCCUCAUUACUAUAUACCUAUAUAAAUACUCAAAGAUCUAUUGAAAGUACAAAUAUGUAGCAACACGAUCCUGAUUGAAUAAUGGAAGAAAAGAGUUGUAAAGACAUACUAGAGGAGAGAAUGUGUCUAGUAGAAUAUAUAAAAGUUUGAAUGCUCUGUCAGUUUGCACUUAAAUAUCUUUUUAUUUAAAUACCUAUCUUAAAAUAAUAUGUAAUUUACUUUUUAUUGAAAAUGCAAUGAUUGUAUAUGGGCUGCGUUUGAGUCAUGAUUGAAUGUAACAGUUUAUUAACUAACAUAAAAUAAAUUAAAAAUAUUCAGAAAAUAAAAUAA